AUGGACUCAUCCCAGGUGGAUAUAGGCAUUACUUCACGUGGACUUGCUGUUGGAGCAACUGCCUUUAACGGGCUUAACAGUUUGGUGGACGUGGGUGGAGGCAACAGAAUGACUUUGCAGUUGUUGGUUAAGUCGUAUGAAUGGAUUCGAGGCAUCAACUUUGAUCUUCCCCAUGUUGUCUUUGAUGCGGCAGAGUUCCCCGGAAUUGAACAUGUCGGAGGUCACAUGUUUCCAAGUGUUCCAAAGGCUGAUGCUACUUUCCUAAUGUGGGUUCUGCAUGAUUGGGGAGACAACGAAUGCAUCCAAAUCCUGAAAAAAUGUAGAGAAGCUUUUCCGGAGGACAAAGGGAAGGUGAUAAUCGUUGAGGCAGUAAUUGAUCAAGAAGCAAAAAUAUCGGACAAACUAACAGAUGCGAGGUUGGCGCUAGACAUGAGAAUGAUGGCUCAAACUACAACGGGUAAAGAGAGAACUUUAGAGGAGUUGGGACUUGUUCUUGGGAAGGUAGGAUUUUGCAGGUGCAGGUCGAAAUCCAUUCGUGCUAUGCAAUCUGUAAUUGAGGCAUUUCCUUAAAUUCAUAUAUAUAGUAAGUCAAGGAAUGUGCCUGGUUCUCUAGUCUUUACGAGUGUUCUAAUUUUCUUUCAG